AAUACGGAUAAUACAACAGAGUCCAGUCCUUGCAGCAUAUUAUACAACAUGUGACUUUUGACAGCAUGGUUAGCCCAUAGUUGCUGUAGGUGGUACAAUAGAGGCUAGACUGACUGAAGAAGUAAAACCAAUGUUUAUAGUUCACAUUGGAAGUAGAACCUGAAGACAAAGACUUUCUUAUAUUAAGCAGUUUUGAUGGCAGAAAAAAGACAGCCUUUUAUAGUGUUGGGGAAGCAAUGGAGCAACUCACAGGACCUGAUAGACAAAAAUGGACCAAUAUGGAUCCAGAAGAGAGAAUGUUAGCAGCUGCCACAGCUUUUGUUCGUAUCUGUGCAGGGCAGGGUGAGGGAGACCUAAGCAGAGAAACCCAAUCCAUCCAGUAUGAUCCCUACAGUAAAGCUUCAGUAGCCCCAGGGCAGCAGCCUGCUUUUCCUGUGGAACUGCAGUACCCACAUGUAGAAAGUCCUGUCACUUCGAAAACAGUCUCAGAGGUCUCUCAAAGGCUCCGAAAGCCAGUGAUAAAGAGAAAGGUGCUUUGUAGAAAGCCAGGUGGGAAAGUAUUAGUGACAGAUGAGUCAAUUAUCAGUGAAUCAGAAUGUGACACAGAAAGUGAUGCAGAUCUCUGGGACUUAAAACAAAGGCUGAUGAAUCUGCAGUUCCGGGAAGAUAGGGAGUCCCCAGCGGAUAUUUCACAAAAAUUUAGUCAGCCACAUGAAUACCAAGGAAUUUCACAAGAUCAGUUCAUUGGCUGUCUACAAAGAGAGCGAAUGGGCCCUCCCGCUUAUGAACAAGACCUGAUUGUUGCCAGCAGACCCAAGUCCUUUAUUCCCCCAAGGCUGGAGCAGUUAAGCCAAAAUCGAGGCAAGAUAGACCAGGUGGCUCGAUAUUUUGAGUACACAAAGGACUGGGACUCCAUGGGGCUGCCUGGUGAAGAUCAUAGGAAGGAGGUACGGUGGGGUAUCCGAGAAGGGUUUCUUUCCCGAGCAGAGCCCCAGUCCAAGCCUCAACACAUGUAUGUUCCAAACAAUUACAUAGUGCCAACUGAGAAAAAAAGAUAUGCCAUUCAUUGGGGUGUUCACUGUGACCUUGCAAAUGGUGACAUGCCCAGGAAGCUUCCCUUCCCUCUUUCUCCUUCUUAAGAUUUUUUUAACCUGUCUCUCCUCCUACAGAAUUGUUUAAGAUAUCCUGUUUCUUUAUCUGGUUCCUUUUAAACAGAAACACCCACCAUUAGUGGUCCCCUGCUGUGUAUCAUACAGCUAUCAGACACUACUUAACUUCCAAAUUACUACUCUCAAAUACAAAAAUUACAAGAAAAAUCAUGCCAGAGAGAUAAAAACCUAUAUGGUCUUUGUAUUUUGUCAAAUUAGUAAACACCAUUUGUGUUUGAAAGCCUUUUUACCUUGGGUCAAUGUAAGCUACUGUGUUUUAGUGUGUUUUAAAAUUGGUGGGCAUUAAGCUUAUCUAUUAAAGAAUUUUGGAAAC